CAGUCACGGCCUCACGGCGUGUCGCCACGUACGCAGUGGGAGCUAGCAAGAACUCACAAGCCAUCUCGCUCCAUUCCUAAAUCAUAUCCUCCAUCUAUAUAAUGCCUGCUCCGUCUCCAACCCAUCUAGCUAGAGUUUAACCAACGCAAGUUCGUUCCAUUCCACGUUACUGAUCUCUGUUGGCAGAGCUAGAGGCAAAGGCGGCCACCAUGGUUGCCGGCGGCGGCGCUCUCCAUCUCUGGCGGCUCGAGAGGGAGCUCGAUGGGCUCUGGGCCGACCCGCCGGAGUGGUGCGUCCCCGGCGCCGACGCGACGGAGGACCGCCUCCGCUGGCAGGUCGUCGUCGUCGGCCCCGAGGGAAGCCCCUACGACGGCGGCGUCUUCACCGUCCGCGUCGAGUUCCCGCGCGACUACCCCUUCAAGGCUCCCAAGGUCACGUUCGCGACCAAGGUGUACCACCCGAACGUCGAUCCGAGGACCGGGCUGGUUUGCCUCGACUUCCUGACCGACAAGAACUUGUGGACGUCUGUGUGGACGGUGGACAAGAUCCUCCUGGUCGUGGUCUCGCUUCUGCACGAGCCUGUCAUGGAUGGCGGAGCCAUCAACCGGGAGGCCGCGUACCUCUACAAGAGGAAAAGGCUAGUGUACGAGGAGAUUGCGCGGGCCAAGACCCGGGAGCACGCGUCGGCGGCGUCACCGGAGGAGUCGUCGUCUUCAUCAGAGAAGAAGGAGCGCCGCCCAUCGUCCCGGGGCGUUUCCCAGCUGUGCCGCCGUCUCAUGAGGAGGGUGGCGUCUCUUCGGAGUUCAGGAAUUUCUGCUUGCUGGGUGCCGGCCUCUCGCUUGCUGAGUGCUGACAAAAUUUCUGCGAUGCUGGAUGCUGGAGCUUGGACACAUAGGUGAUGAGCCUUUCAUCUUCAGGCCAUUCCAUGCUUGCUACUACGGUGCUACCUUAUCAUUCGUAGAUCAACUAGUGUUCAGUCAGUAAUGGAGAGAUGUGUGCGUUGUUCGGAUGGUUUAGAAAAUGAUUGUAUGAAUGAUGACAGUAGACAUCGAUGAGCUUGUGGUCGCUUGGUGUUCCGAAUAGCAUCCCACUUCUCUUA